ACGUAUUUCCGGUGGUGACCAAGGUUCUCUUUGCUGUAGAAACUCCUCCGAGCAGCUUUUCUACCUCCUUUCAGCCGUGACUUUAUUUUAAAAACCUCUGUUACAGACCCCUAAACUACAGGUUCGUCUUCAGGGCAGUUCGUUCGGCAGUUUUGUGUUCGUGUCACGUCGAAGAACGUCCGUUUUUGCGUCAUUUUCGGGACUUUUUGGUCGUUAAAUCUGCCCUCGACGUUCGAUAACGUUAGCUCAGCAGUUAGCCGCCAUUCUACCUCCACACAAAGGAUCGAUUAAUCGAUAUUUUAAACAUGGAUCAAACCGGAAUCACGACAGAAACACCGAAGAGUCCGUGGGGCUCCGUGGCCCCAGCGGCUCCGUCCUGCUCUCUGGCUGAGGUGAUGAGUGAACAGCUGGCCCGACAGCUGGACGAAGAGAACAACAGCUUCCCAGCUCUGUCAGACCCUGGAUCAGACCUGCUGCUGGUGGAUGAAGCUGCUGACACCACCAGUGACCUGAUGCUGGCCCAGAUGCUGCAGAUGCAGUUCGACCGCGAGUUUGACGACCAGCUCCGGAGGGAAGAGAAGAAGUUCAACGGAGACAGCAAAGUGUCCAUCUCCUUUGAGAACUACCGGAAGGUCCAUCCCUACGAGGACAGCGACAGCUCUGAGGACGAGGUGGACUGGCAGGACACCAGACACGACCCGUACCGGGCAGAAAAGCCUCAGACCACGCCCAGGAAGGGAUUCAGCGGGAAGGGCAAGAACAUCACCACCAAACACGACGAGGAGACCUGUGGCCGGAAGAACACGGCACGGAUGGACAAGUUUGCUCCAGAGGUCCACGUGGGGGACGGUCUGGGGAUGGACCUGAAGCUGUCCAACCAGGUGUUCAACUCUCUGAAGCAGCACUGCUACAGCGAGCAGCGACGCAGCGCCAGGCUGCACGAGAAGAAGGAGCACUCCACCGCCGAACAAGCCGUGGACCCUCGCACGCGGCUGCUCAUGUAUAAGAUGGUGAGCGCCGGCAUCCUGGAGAGCAUCAACGGCUGCAUCAGCGGCGGGAAGGAAGCGGUGGUGUUCCACGCCAGCGGAGGGAGUCUGGAGGAGCAGCCGGUCCCAGACGAGGUGGUUCUGAAGGUCUUUAAGACGACGCUGAACGAGUUCAAGAACCGGGACCGCUACAUCAAAGACGACUACCGCUUCAUUGACCGCUACAGCAAGCUGAACCCCCGCAAGAUCAUCAGGCUGUGGGCCGAGAAGGAGAUGCACAACCUGACCAGGAUGAAGAAGGCGGAGAUUCCGUGUCCAGAGGUGGUUCUGCUGAAGAAACACGUCCUGGUUCUGUCCUUCAUCGGCAAGGACCACGUCGCUGCCCCCAAACUCAAAGACGCCAGGCUGAGCUCCGAGGACAUGAAGGACGCCUACUACCAGGUCCUCCAGAUGAUGCAGAAACUCUACCAGGAGUGUAACCUGGUCCACGCUGACCUCAGUGAAUACAACCUGCUGUGGCAUGAAGGGAAGGUUUGGCUGAUAGACGUGAGUCAAUCCGUGGAGCCGAUGCAUCCUCACGGUCUGGAGUUCCUCUUCAGGGACUGCAGGAACGUUGCCACGUUCUUCCAGAAACGAGGCGUGAGUGAAGCCCUGAGCGUGUACGAGCUUUUCAACGCCGUGUCGGGUCUGAACAUCCCCGUAGGAGCCGAGGACGAGGCCGAGUUCAUGGCCGAGAUCGUGGCGUUGGAGAAGAGGAACGAGGAUCACAUCCAGAGGCGAGGGAAGAAGACGUUUCCCGUGGCGACCGAGGACGGCGGCCCUCCUCCUUUAAAGCCCGACACCGACGACUAACGGCCGCCCGGCUCCCUCGCUCUCUCUUCACCAUCCGUUUGAAAACGCUGUAAAAAGGAGGAGCCGGUCGGCCGGCAUCAGGAGCAGCCCUCCACCGACGGAGCGCCCCCUUCUGUUCAGGGGAACCAGCCCAACACCUGAGGGGCUUUUUAAUCUAAUCUACUGCAUUUAAACGCAUCAUUACCGGACCUGGAGCUCCGGCUGAGCUUUGAUCUUCAACUUUUAUCUAAAUUCCAGUGAAGGAUCCAGAGCCGAGUGGCGUUCAAAGACGGCUGGUUUAUUCCAGGAUCAGCCACAUUGGUGCUGCUUUUAAAGCCGCUUUUCUGCUAAAAUAAAUCAUUUUAACGAUCAUAAAUGAGGUGCUGAAGGGAAUCAUUCCAGUAGCUAAAUGUAGAAUCUGCCUGCGGUGACAGAAGGUCAUACGUGUGCUGCUCAGGUCACGUGAUCGUCGUGUGUUUUUGUCGAGGCUUAAAAAGUCAAAAGUUCUGGAGCUGAUUGUGAUUAAAUGAAAAUAAAAGAUGAAGAUGGAAA